CAUUUAAAGAAUCGCAUCUGGCAGAGAUUUAGAGAUACAGACAGUAGCAGAAGUGAUAAGACAACAGCAGUGUUCAUAGCUUGAGAGGCAAGCUUGGGUUCUACAAUAAUUAUAGUCUUUAUACUUUGAUCAUAUUACCCGGGGUACCUGGCUUUGCCAGACUGGAUUUCUGCCAUUGACUUUCCCGCCAAUCUAUGGGAGGAUAGCAACGGCGUCCCUUGAAAACAUGGAGGGAGGAGAGUCUUAACUGGUCGUCAGCGCCUGUUCCUGGAGGGACUGACAGACGAAGUGUCCAUGUUCGUGUCCAUGCUUGUCUGAGUUCGUAACCCUCAGUGUUUGCACCUGGUGUUUGGGAGGAGAAUAGCAGUGUUCUUCACGAACAUCACCUCAAGGGAAGUGAGUCAUCAGCGACGAUGUCUAAUGAGAUAAAGAGAUGAUAAGGCAGUUAGAGCUUAAUCUACACGUAUCUUGACUGUGCACCGAACUGAAUUUGACAUAUUGUUAAUCCAAGAAGCUUCCUAUAUCCUGCUAGUCAGUUCAUCUGCACAUUUGGACCAACAGCAGGAUUCAGUGCUGAAGUUUCAGGUUACUGGUGAGGGCAACAAACGGCUGUGCACCACGACACCCACAAUAUCCAGGUUCUCAGAAAGUGAAAUCAUCGACUGUCAAACACAGUUUAUGGCAAGUACAUUUCUCUCACUACUGCCCCAAGACACGUGAUCCACCCACUGACCAACCGUGGGCAUCUUUCUGUUGUUGAGGUGUCUGGUCCAGAUGGUAUAAAAGUGGGAUGAUCUUGACAUUUCAGUUCAUCCCAGAGACCAGCUCUGACACCAGUGGAGACACGGACUCAUCGAAACGGUUUAGAGACGAAGCAUCGGCAAAUCUUGAGAAGCAACAGUUUGGAGAUCAGGGUGCAGCACGUGUGUCCAGACGGUGGCGGAAGUGAGAGAUGAAGUCCCUGGCGAUGUUGGUUCUGUGGCUGUGGGGUGCGACUGUCAUCGCCGGCCAGAAAAUGUCAGUUGACCUGCGGUCAGGAAGUGUGCAAGGGUCAGUAACGUCCUCUGAAGGCUUCCAGUGGGUAAACAAGCCUCCAGAAAAUCCUUGUAACGAUGAAUGUGACCUGAGAGGUCUACUGAAGAUAACCUUUGACAACAGCACGCGCAAACACUUGCAGAUUAACAUGACUUUUGAUACCGACCCUUCGGGCUUCACUUUCAACAUCGGUGACUCCAUUAGUAACGAUGGCUAUGCUGGCGACUACGCUGAUCAGUCUAACGAUGCCGAGGUUCACAGUCUCGGUCGCACCAUCCUCUUCUACGGCAAGGAGAUCAGACCAUAUCUCAGCUAUGGACUGUUAUACCAGCGAGACAACUUCAUCACACAACAAGUCAAGGUGGACAUCAUGGACGAGCUGGCUGCUGCUCACAACGGCCACGACUACCUGCUCGUAAACUCUUUCAAGAUGUUUGCCCUCAACGGCCAAGCCGACGCCACGGGGCCAGUGAACGAUGACAUCUACCUGGCCCUCAACCGGGUGGUCACGGGGAGGCCAGAUCGCUAUGGCAAUGGUCUCUGCAAGGUGUCCAUUGGCUGGGCUUCUACCUAAGUUCAAAAGCUGUGAGAUGUCGCUUGGAUAUCACUUAGAAUGCAAUGCAAACAAAAGAAUUUACAGUAUUUCUACACUAGAGGUGUAUAAGUAACAAUGAGACAGUCGGAUACACACCCGGGGUUCUGGGGGUGCUCUAGGGAAGAGAGUUGUUGCUUUGCUUGUAAAUCUGUUUGGGAAAAGAGUUGAAUAGACUUGUUACUUUAUCAUGUCAACUGCUAGAGAAUACUUGCUAAAGGUCAUCGACACAAAUGCAUUGCCCCGGUUUUUCAUUUAGUCUUCGCCAAAAACCUUCCAUACUUAAUCAGACCAGCACUUGAGUACAGCUGAAUAGUGAAUACUACUAUUGCUUCUUUGUAAAUCUGUAAGUGCGUGAAGUUACUUUUAUUGAAUGAAUGAAUUUAACUUUUGUUUUCUAAGUUGUACGGUUGUUUAAAUGUCUAUUCGUAAAAAUAAAAAAAGUUUUGAAAUUAC